GGGCUGAUAAGCCGAGGAACACCAGAUUAAGGUGUGGGCAUGCAACACCAGAUAAUAUGCAGAAUCCCCCCUUAUAAGACUAUAUAUGUGGGGUUCCUCCACCACUGCUGGUGCCUUAAAUUAAGAAAAAUUGCAGCAGCAGCAGCAGCAGCAUACAUCCUCAUGAAAGGAACACUGAGAUACUUGGCAGGCAUUGCAGGCCCAAGUGGCUUUGGCUCAAAUUCAACUGCAGAGCAGGUCACUCAACACUGUCCUUGCCCUUCUCCUGCCCACCUCACUGCUAUCAUCACUGGAGCGACUUCGGGAAUCGGAGCCGAAACGGCGAGGGUGCUGGCAAAGAGAGGGGUGAGGGUUGUGAUUCCAGCCAGGAACUUGAAGAAGGCGAGGGAGGUGAAAGAGAGAAUUCAAAAGGAGAACCCAAAGGCAGAGAUUAUAUUGUUGGAGGUUGACUUGAGCUCAUUUGCUUCAAUCAAGAGAUUUUGUUCUGAGUUCUUGUCUCUAGGGCUGCCCCUCAACAUUCUCAUAAAUAAUGCUGGAAAAUUUUGCCAGAAGUUGGAGCUCUCUGAGGACAAAAUUGAGAUGACCUUUGCCACAAAUUACUUGGGACAUUUUCUAUUGACAGAAAUGUUAAUUGAGAGGAUGAUAGAAACAGCUGCUCAAACUGGCAUCCAAGGAAGAAUUAUUAAUGUUGCUUCUGUGGUUCACAGUUGGGUGAAAAGAGAUAGCUUUCGCUUCACCCAAAUGAUCAACCCUAAGAGUUACAAUGGUACGCGUGCUUAUGCUCAAUCAAAAUUGGCUAAUAUAUUGCACGUCAAGGAAAUGGCUCGACACCUAAAGGCAAGAAAUGCAAGAGUGAGUAUCAACGCAGUGCACCCGGGCAUAGUGAAGACUGGGAUUAUGAGGGAUCAUAAGUGCCUUCUAACAGAUUCUCUGUUUUUCAUGGCAUCCAAGUUCCUAAAAUCAACCUCCCAGGUUUGUCCACACUUGCCUGUCUCUUUCAUCCUCCUAAAGAUUCAUGUCUACAUGAGAGAGAGAGAGAGAGAGAGAGAGAGAGAUUUCAGAGUUGGUGCAUUGAAGGUGAAAGUGGUUUCUUUUUAUAUACAUAAAUUUAAAGGAAUGGAAAUGUUGAAUGGUGGUGCAGGGUGCAUCAACCACAUGCUAUGCAGCCCUAAGCAAGCAAACAGAGGGAGUGAGUGGGAAAUACUUUGCAGACUGUAAUGAAAGCAGCUGCUCAAGCUUCGCCAGUGAUGAAUCCGAAGCUCACAAGCUAUGGAAGCAGACCCGCGCAGUGAUCCACAGACGCUUACAUCAAUCCCAACCCUGAUACACACGUGCACAUUAAUCUACAUUGUGUAUACAUAUAAAUAUAUAAUAUUCAAUAUGUGCAUGUAUAUAAGUCUUCUUCUGCGAAAAUUAAACUAAAUUCCAUACAUGUAAAUCAUUUUGUAUAGUUCUAUUGGACCCCAUGUAUUUUUACACAGAAUGGUAUUCAUAUUUAGACAGUGAUCAUAAAAA